GACAUUGACAUUGACAAAUAGUGUAGAGUUGUCAAGAUUUUAUGAAAAUUUCAUCGGUAAACACGAUUUUUUGAACUUUUCAUAUGGGGACAGUUUAACUGAAAAUUAAUUAAAGAAAAUAUGGUUUUAUUAGAAAAUGAUGCCUUUCUUUCAGAACUGACAAAGCUGUUUCAAAAAGCACGACUCGAUGGGUCAGUUACCAUGACUUUUAAGCGAUACGAUGGUCAUGAUAGACCUAACCCUAGAGAAGGAAAACCUCCUUUGCCAGAACCUUCAGAACACCUGUGUUUGAUACGAGCCAAGUUUAGAUCUAAGAAAAUAGCGACUGUAGUUCAUCAAAAGGACGUGAACAAGUUCCAAGUGGCCUACAGUAGUUUACUGAAAGGAAAUCUCGAUGGACUUAAAAAAGUGAAAAAACCUAAAACAAAAACAAAGGUUGAAUCUUAAAUGAAUUGUUUGUCUGUACAUAGAUAAUUAUUCGGACUUUUUUUUAUAAUUUCAAGUGAGGUUUUAAUGUUGACAAGGUAUAUGGGAUUAAACGUUAGGUUGCCAAUAUGAAACCUUUUAAAAUAUAUUUAUUAUAUAGGCAAUAUUAUAUAUUUAAAAGUAUGAUAAUGGUUUGAUAUUGGUAAUUUAACCAGAAAACAGGUAAAAUAUGAGUGUUAGGUAAUAAUGUUGGUAAGAAAUAUGCUUAAAUGACUGCCUGUUUAUAAUGUUUUUAUUAGAUUAAGCGAAAUUACAUUAUUUUUAUUUUCCACUCAGAAAAAUUACAGUCUCAAUUUUUGUACAGUAUUUGUUUACAAAUAAACGGACUUAUAUAAUUAA